CGACUGAGUAAUCAGUGGCACGCUGACAGCUGAGCAUGGGGAUUUUCACCAAAUUUCUGGCUUUCCACAGGAUCUUCAUCAUUAUACUCACACCUCUUUUGUUGCUGCCUCUGCCAUUGUUAAUCCAGACAAAGGAAGCAGAAUGUGCGUACACGCUGUUCAUAGUGGCUGUUUACUGGCUCUCCGAAGCAAUGCCUCUUGCAGUAACUGCUCUUAUUCCUGCACUGAUGUUCCCACUGUUUGGAAUUUUGAAGUCCAAAAUGGUAGCUGCAGCUUACUUUAAAGACUUCCACCUUUUGCUAAUUGGAGUGAUAUGUUUAGCAACAUCCAUUGAAAAAUGGAAUCUGCACAAGCGCAUUGCUUUGAGGAUGGUUAUGCUGCUAGGAGUCAAUCCAGGCUGGCUUAUGCUGGGGUUUAUGCUUAGUUCAGCCUUUCUAUCCAUGUGGCUUAGCAAUACCUCCACAGCUGCCAUGGUGAUGCCCAUAGUAGAAGCUGUCAUUCAGCAAAUUUUAAAAGCCGAAGCUGAGGUUAAUACUAUUCAUAUGAAACGCAUGAAUGGAACAGCAAAUCCAGGUCUUCAACUCAAUGAGGAUGAAGAAAAACAAGAGCAUAAUGGAGAAAUUAUAAGAAAUGAAACAUCUAAUAACACGAGGAAAGAUGAACAAGAUGAUACGCUGCAACAAAAUAUGGUGUCCGUAUCAGAUAUGCAUGGAAAGUACAGAAGCAAAAAAGAUCACAUGAUGUGCAAGGGAAUGUCUUUGUGCAUUGCAUAUGCAUCCACCAUUGGAGGAUUAACUACGAUCACAGGAACAUCUACUAACCUUAUUUUUGCUGAACAUUUCAAUAACCGCUACCCAGAUUGCCACUGUAUAAACUUUGGAUCCUGGUUCCUUUUGUGUUUCCCAAUAAGCAUAAUCAUUCUAAUUCUGUCAUGGGUUUGGCUGCACUGGCUUUUCCUUGGAUUCAAUUUUACUGGAAUGUGCAACUGUUCCAAAGAGAAAACAGUGCGGGAGCAAGCAUCUGCUCGAGUCAUCAAAGAAGAAUAUAAGGCACUGGGCCCAAUGAGUUAUCAGGAAAUUGUUACACUUGUCAUAUUUAUCCUUAUGGCACUGCUUUGGUUUACAAGAGACCCAGGAUUUAUACCUGGAUGGGCAUCCCUGUUCCCUGACUACAAAGGUUAUGCAACUGAUUCUACAGCAGCUUUGGUUCUUGGCCUCUUGUUUUUUAUCAUCCCAGCAAAUAUGCCAACUAGUCCUUCAUCAGGAAAGAAAAAUGACUACUCCUAUUCAACGCUGAUUAGCUGGAAAGAAUUUCAGGCUUGCAUGCCCUGGGAAAUUGCACUUCUUGUUGGAGGCGGCUUUGCCCUGGCUGAGGGCUCAGAGGUUUCUGGUCUGUCGGCUUGGGUGGGAAGUAAACUAACUCCAUUAGGAUCUCUUCCUCUGUGGGUGACCAUUAUAGUCUCUUCAUUAAUUGUAACCACCAUUACUGAGAUUGCAAGCAAUCCAGCAACUAUAACAAUAUUUCUGCCUAUUCUAUCACCAUUGGCUGAAGCCAUCCAUAUUAAUCCUCUUUAUAUUCUGAUACCCACAACACUGUGCACCUCGUUUGCAUUCUUGCUCCCCGUCGCCAAUCCGCCAAAUGCCAUUGUCUUCACCUAUGGGCAUCUGAGAGUAAUAGAUAUGGUAAAAGCUGGCCUUGGAGUUAACAUUAUUGGAGUUGCAGUUGUCAUGCUUGCUGUUUCAACCUGGGGGACCACUUUUUUUAAUCUGAAAGAAUAUCCUUCCUGGGCACCUGCUGUUCCCACUGUUAACAUAACAGGCCCAUGAACACUCAAAGACAUAUUCAACUGAGCUUGUUCUGAAGCAGCUAUGAUCUGUGUUCUGACUGUACAACAAUUUGCAAUGUUGAUGGCAGUACUUCCAGAGACUUUAAUUUAUGCAGAUUAUUUCUGCCAAAAGUACCGUUUGGGCAAAGCUGGGGAAUUUUAGAUUUAGUGUUCAAAGUAUUUAGAUGGAACUGGUACUGUUGCUAUAUUAUUGGUAGAAUGAACUGCAUUUCAAUACAUUCAGCGCUGUACUGCAUGUAAAAAAUAAUUUCAAAAGGUGAAGUGGGAAAUGUCAACAUUAACGGUAAUGAAAACAUACAAAUAAUAUAAUCUGUAAGACUGCCACUGAAGUGCAGUUGGCAGUGCCUGGGCAUUUUUUUAAUCUUCCAUUAGUUUUUAUUAGUGAGAACUCCUCCACAAGCUUCAAGCUGUACUUCCAGGAUCAUUGAAGCACAAUUGCUGCCAAAUCUUGCAAGUAUUUGUUGUGUUUUAAUUGGAUCACUUCACUUAUCUUCAGACUACAAGCACAAGUUUAAUUUAAACUUCUAACUAUAGAGUACAGUUUCCUUCAAUGGAGUGCUGCAUGCGUUAUGAAAGGAAACCAGUCAGCUGUAGUGGAAUGGAUAGCACUGCUACUCAUAUGUGUUUGACACCUAUCCUACUCACCGCUUACAUUUUUCUCAUGUUUGAGUGGGUGUCACUCCAGGUCCAAUGUUUAUUACCAUAUUCCUGUUAGGCUAAUUGGAAACUCUAAAUUGGCCAGGUUUUGUUGGGGUUGACCGGCAUCCUUCCCAUAGAGAAUUUCCACUGCAGGUCAUCGUGGAGGAAUCACGUUAGCUUUAACUGGCUGAGGAGGUCCAUCGCAAGAAACCGUAUGUGAUCAAUUCCCAUUGAAUAUAAUUGUGAAUCACAACUCUGUUCAUCCCAAAUUCAGACGAGGCACAAAACAUAGUUAAGAACAUAUGGUUAGAGGGAUUGAUUGUUAUUCCCUUUACGUAAAACUCGAACAAAAAGUUGCUGGAUGGUUGAUUUGGUCAGCCAUAAAGAAACAAGACAGUACAGGUACAGAGCCUGCUUUUUAGUUUUUACUGAAAAACCUGUUGAUGUGUCACUUUUGUCUGAGAAUGAUAAGAUGACAGGGGCUUAAGUUUUGUUUUCCUAAUCUCCAACUUCCACAAAAUACUUAAAAAGAAUAUACAGUCAAAACUAAGAUAGCACUACUUUGUUGUUAUGCUUUGCUUUUGAAACAAAAAUGACGAAAUUGCUCAACAAGUUUAUAGUAGACAUUUAUGUUCAGAGGAAUACCUAAAAGUCAACAAAGUAAGCCUCAAUAACCAGAAAUCAGUGAAAGUUGUUUUUCAACAAGGAACAUGGUGACAUUCACUGUGAAGCAGUCAAUCAACACAUCUUGUAAAGUGUAAGGGUUAUGUAUUACUCAAACGAUCGUGAUUCUGAAGUUCAUGUCAACAAGUCAAAUGUUUCCUUUUGAAUUUAGUCAAGUGAAUACGUUCACUUAAAUAUCCUGUGUGGUUUACAUACUUCCUUCUUUUCUUUAAAGUUUGAAUAACUUCACCUAGUUAUAUUUUUAUUGCAAAACAAGUAAAGAAGCUACAUAAUGAAAGGAAUCUCAUAGGUAGUGUGGUGGAGAACUGUGUUUGUAACCAUGGAGAUGUUUCUUUGGAGAUAUAUUAGCAGAAAAUGAUGAGCGAAGGAAAAGAAAGGGUUAAGUUUGGGAGCUGCAUUGAAAAUCUGUAAACUGCCAUUUUGAAAUGUGUUUUUUUAACAGAUUUAAAAAUAAUGAAAAAAAAAUCUGCAGGUGUAAUGUGAGAAGAUAAAUCACAUAAAAAGGCUGAAGGAUAAACGUAUUGAUUUAAUUUUAAUUUAUUUAAGAUUAAACAAUUAUGUAAUUCUGAGAGUAGAGGAAGCUGAAGAAAAUGGACAGAUGGAUGGAUGGUGGAAAUAAUGUGAUGAAUGCAUGGGGGAAUAAGGGAUUACAAACAUUUAAAAGUGUGAAGAAAGUGUUGUCUACUAAUCUUGGGACCUGACUUUUGGAUUGCAGAAUCAUCCCUCUUCCGUGUUGUCAGGAUGCUUUUGAUUCUAGUUCACUACUUUGAAGUUAGCCCGCUUUUACUUUUUUAAACAGGCUUUUGGUGUUUUUACAAAUUAAGAAUAAUUCACAAAGCAAGCUAAAAAAGAAGUUAAAUAUUUGCUUUAUUUAAUACCGAUUCUUUGAGCUGGUAAAAUAUUAGUAAACUUAACAGUACAUUUUGUGGAGAUUUCAAUGCUUUAAACCAUUAACCACAAAAUAAAACACAUUGUUUGUAAAACACUCCACAUCCUGGUUCUUUUCCAAGAAAGAGUAAAUAUUUAGUCAUUCUUUGUCAGGUUAAGCCUUAUUUGCUCUACUGAAAAUAAUAUUUUAUAAUAUUACUUCAUUGAAUUUAAUAUUGGUGCUGUUUAUUUCCAUUUUAAUGUGCCAUAUUCUUUUGUCAUUUUCAUAUGCUAGUACUUAAGGCAAUAGUUUUUGUAAAUGCUAUUUUUUUAUUUUUUCUAUUUGCUGUAAUAAAUUCCUAUCAAUGUUAACCUGAGCAUAAUUUUUAAAGUCAUAAUGAAAUUAACUUGCUGCUUUAUGUAUAAGAUUUGUUUUAGCAAUUUUCUUCAUUUUGCUAAUGCCUUUUUAAAAAUGAAAAAGACAAAAGGAUAUAUUAGGAGGCAAAAUGCAAUAAAGUUAUUUGACAAUGAGAGAUUCAUAUUGCUCUACCAAAUGUUUGAACAAAAAAGUCUGAACUAAAAAGUAAUUGUGUAAUAGGAAAAAAUAUACAGUAUAUCAUGCAGAUUAAAGUACUUUAUUUAGUCUGGCAUAGAUCAGGAAUGACACCUAAAACAAAAAUGAAGGCUUACCUUCUUCUUAAUAGGGCAGGUGUAACCUUUUGCUGUGCAAACAUCUCCUUCAUAAGCAUUCAGAGGAAUAUUAAUAUUCCUAUAAGUGUAGGAAAAUUCUUUUUCAUAUGGUGUUCUUCAUAACUCCACCAUUAAAAGACACCUUACAAAGCAACACUUUCACAGUUCAAGAUGAAUAAUACAAUGGAAGAGGUUCUGCAUUUUUAAGCCUGGAGCUUCAGAAAGAGGAAUUACAUGUUAAAAUAUUCUUGUAAUUUUUGUUCAUUUGUGUCUCAUAUGCUGUAAAGAGGACUGUUUUAAGUUAUUUUUAUACAUAUACUGUAUAUUUCAGAUUGGAAUUUUCAUAGCUAUAACAAUAAAUAACACUGAGAAUAUUAAGAUGUGCAAAAUGCAUUGAGGUGUGUACAUAAAACUCAUUUAGUCGAUUAUCUUUCAAUGUAGCUUUUAUUGCCCUUUUCAUUGUCUAAUGAUAAAGAUAUCAAAGUUUAUAUUUUAAACAAUAAAAUUUCUUCUUAUCUAACCA